ACACCGCUACGGUCUGCCGUCCCGCGAUAACAUCAUCGUCACAGGCGACAGAUUUUGACAAAUAGGCACCGGGCUCUGACUGGCUGACGCAAACCUGCGACAAUCCCGAGUCCAGGGUCUUUUCUUUUCAGACACACACCACACAGACCACACUAUCUACUGUGUGUAGGCGGUAUUCAAGUAUUUAAGUGGUGGUUGGUCGCAGCGGCGUUUCGUUAAAGGUACGGUCGGCCGGCAAUGCACCUCAUUCAACAAAUACCCCGCUGUGUCGUGCUCGCUCGCCGUCCAAUAUCAACGCCCCUCCUCCGGCCCCAUCUCAACUACAGACACUCUCUCAGCUCGACUCUGACCAGCCAUUCCUCCUCCUCCUUCUCCAUGAACUUCCUACGCAAAUUCUUCCAUACCCCCACGCCAGAAGAAAUGUCCGCCGCCAGCACGAAAGCCCAAACCAUCAUCAAGGAGAAUGCCGUCGCGGUAUUCUCCAAGUCGUACUGCCCGUACUGCCAGGCUUCCAAGAAGCUCCUAGACGACCUAGGUGCCAAGUACUUCGCCAUCGAGCUCGACAAGGUCGACGACGGCGCCGCCAUCCAGAACGCCCUCGAGGAGAUCUCGGGCCAGCGCACCGUACCCAAUAUCUACAUCGGCGGCAAGCACAUCGGCGGCAACUCGGAUCUGCAAGCUAAGAAGGGCGAGCUCAAGGGCUUGCUCCAGUCUGUCGGCGCCGCUUGACUCGGCGAUGGUCCGGACCACACCACCUCAGCGAAGCUGUAACGACAUCGUCGCGAAUAUUCGGAUGUAUCGUGUCGGACAUAAAAAGAUCGCAGGCAAUGUAGGCGGACUUGGUUUUACGUGCUGCGCCCGUUAUUAUAGUGCCAGAUAAACCAUGCGAUAAAGGAAACUGUUGAAGUUAACCUUGUCUCUCCGUCUAUAUGCAUCAUCCCUUCUUCGCGCGCACGUGUGCACACAUAUAGAAAAUAGAUAUCUCGCAUUUCCGAACCUAGUUAUGUUACUUCUUUUCCUGUAGCAAACCAGUUAUAUACGUAGGUAUCUCAGUGUAGUAUCGGCGUUAGGCAGGCUGUCAUCAUUUGUGCUCAUCAUCUUGCCUAUGUAGUCGCUCUUAUGGGUUUCUCACAGUAACAUUCGGU